GUUUGUUUUACACCUGUAAACCUAAGGUGGGUCGGGUCGGAGAAUCACGUGCACAGCUGCGCCAUUCCUGAGGUCAUUGGAGAGUUGGUUUGUAUCGUCCACUUGUUGAACACCGUUUACAACAAUGCUGCGGUGUGUGGUGAUUCUUCUGGCCGCGUUACACGUCGCACUGGGCCAGGCACCUCGGGGAAGCUACAAGGUGACAGACCAGAAGUCAGGAGACACCUGCAUACGUGCCGACCUCAGCCUGACGUUCGGCGUGAAGUACCAGAAACAAGACAACACCACGGGCACCGCCACCUUCUCCCUCCCACCUGACGGCGCCGUGACUGGGACGUGCGACCCUGCUGUUCUCAAUGUCACGAACCCCGGCAGGUUCGGCUUUAGUGCGACCUUUACCAAACUCGCUCCGUUUGGCAUAGGAAGGUUCUGGUUGAAAGAACUAGAGGUUCAGUACUAUCUGUUGCCCGAUCUUUUCCCCGGUGUUUCGUCGGAAACAGUGAACAAGUCGAUGACGGAGAGAGUUACCCUGGAUUCCGUUCUCUUUGUGACAAAAUAUGGGGACUCCUACCUUUGUAACAAGCCCGAGAUCGUCCCGAUACAGAACAACGUACAACUCACCUUCGCCGACGUACAGCUCCAGCCCUUUGACCUAAAGAAUGGCAUUUUCUCGGCUGCACAGGAGUGUAGCGGUGACCCCACCCCCUCUCCCCCUGUCACUACCCCCGGUCCCCCCGUCACUACCCCCUUUCCGUUAUCCGAUGUUGGCCACUUCAACGUCACGGACAAGAAGACCGGUGCCGUAUGCAUCUUGGCGAGGCUGGGCGCCAUGUUCUCCAUACAGUACAAGACAAACGUUAGUACACAGGUGAGCAUCGCGACGUUCACUUUCAGUCCCCAGGCUACAGCGACGGGAAGCUGUGGCAAGAACGCGUCCUUCAUAAGUCUACUGGACAAAAGGGGAGUCAAUCUAACCGCAGAAUUCGGAGUGAGCGCUAACGGUUUGUUCAUGGUCACAAAGCUCACUAUUGUAUAUACCCAGACGGAGACGUUGUUCCCAUACAGCAAACAUCCGAACACGACUAAGACCGAAAGUUCGCCUGAACACAUUCUUCUCGCGCCUCUCGGACGUUCGUACCGCUGUAACAGUAGCACUCCGGUUCAGUUCGGUAGUAUGGUCAACGCUACAUUUUUUGGCCUGAAAGUACAGCCCUUCGAGGUCAAGAACAAUACUUUCGGAGACGAAGACGUCUGCUCAGCUGACCUGCCACACACGACACCAGAGCCUACCACCCACCCUCACACCACCCCUCACCCCAACGUCACCACCCCCAUGCCUACCACCUCCCCACCGCGCCCUCCAGAGGGCGCUUGGUCCGUCCGGGGUAAAGACGGCAAACCCUGUCUCCUGGCUGACGCCGCCAUCCAACUGAGGAUCCCAUACAACAGUACCGGGAACGAGACAAGGACAGCCUUCAUCGACGUUCCCAGGACAGCCUCCGCAGGGGGAAUGUGUGGCGCGAACAACUCAUCCCUGAAUCUGCAUUUCAAACCUGGUAACGUCACCCUACAGCUUGGCUUCCGCAAGGAAGGUGAAAUGAAGACAGACUUUGUCCUGUGGUCCGUCGGAGUUGCCUACAAUGAAGAUCCGGUCAUCUUCAAGAACACCAGCUCGCCUGGAAGACGGGUCAGGCUGGAGAACAGGUCUCUCAAGGAGUUUGAGACAAAACUUGGGAUGGCGUACAAAUGUGUUUCGAAAGUGGUGCUGCCCGUUAACCGUUCAGCUGAGGUGGAAUUCAGAAACACGACAUUGCAGCCUUUUGCUGUGGAAGGCGGGAAGUUUGCGAACGAGUCUGUGUGUCCAGAGGACCGGGGCCACACAACACCUCUGCCACACACGAACCACACUACACCGCUGCCACACACGAACAACACUACACCGCUGCCACACACGAACAACACUACACCACUGCCACACACGAACAACACUACACCGCUGCCACACACCAACCAUACUACACCUCUACCCCACACAAACCACACCACUGCUCCUCCACACAAGAACCACACUACUCCUCAUCCACACACCAAACCUCCUCACACCAAACCUCACCACACCACAGGCCCACCGCUAUUCCCACCUGAGCCGAAGCAAGGCAACUACACGGUCACGGGUAAGGACAAGAAACCGUGCAUCCUCGCCAACAUGGGCAUCCAGUUUCACAUCAAGUACACGAAGACUGACAACAAGCAAGCAGUCGCGAGGUUCAACGCCCCAACCGGCGCUGUCGCUACGGGGGUCUGCGGACAGGACAAAUCUACCCUGACUCUUGGUUUCUACCAGAACACGAUCUCUCUCACUUUUGAGUUCACCAAAUCGAAGAUGGGGUCGAAGGGGACAGAGUCAUUCCGAGCAGAAACUAUCGACCUGAGCUACAAAGAACUGCAAGCUCAUUUUCCCGACGCUAAAGACCCCGCUCAAGUUCGACAGGCCAGCAACAAGUCUGCACACGCGUUCUACACCGAAGCUGGCCACUCUUACAAGUGUAUGGCGGACUACAACUUGACUUUGACAAAGGACGUAGAGAUCCUAGUCCGUAAGGUACACUUGCAGCCGUUCAGCAUCCAGGACGGAAAGUUCUCGUCAGCCCACGAGUGUUCUCUGGACCCGAAACCGUCAUCCCCCGGCCACUCUGCCGCCAUCGCCGCUGGAAUCAUAGUACCGCUUGUGGUUGUCAUCGCAGCCGCCGCCGGGUUUUACCUCUACCGACGCCGCAAAUUGUCUGGUAAGGGGAAAGGAAACUACGAACCACUACUGAACUGAUACUACAUCUCACACAAUGUUUGACAUGGAGUGUACUGUAAACAUUGUCACAACUCACAAUAUGUGGACAUGACCACAUAUCAUAGCUAGCUUUAUAUGGCAUCUUGUACCAAAUUGAUAUGUUAACCAAUCAAUUACGAUCCCUUUGCAGGAUGUAUAAAUACAUACAAGAAUGAAAUUCUUGUGUUCAAAACAAUUCAAAACUUUCAAUUUAUGUUUAAGGAAAAUAUACAGAGAAGGAAAACACUUCGUAGAGAAAUUACAAAGAUGAGGAGAGGAUCUGCAGUCAUAGAUUAAAUGUAUCAAAUCGAAAGUCACUUAUUCACAAUAUUGGGUUGUUUACAAUAUGGUGAUAAACACGCAAAGCUGCACCUUUCGUUCUUGUUCAAAACGAUAUAAAACUUUUUACGCUAUAAUCCAAUUACAUUCUUGUAGGAGAUACCCUUAGUGUGUAAAAAUAGUUAAAUACAUCAAAUCAUGUUUAGACCUUUGAACCAGUAGUGUUGUUGAAUGCUGAUUUAUUCAAUAUUAGAUAUAUGUACGUACAAUUAUACCCACUUGUUAGUAUAUGUGGUGGACGUAUUACAAAAGAUGCUGUGCCUUUGUUGUGUGUAUAAAGAAUGUUUGAGCUUGUUUCUGUUAGAUUACUUGUUUAUGGCGCAAAAGAAUAAUCACCUUACCUGUUAUUCAUACAUUGCAGAAAUAUUUCAUAAACGCGUGACAUAGUUCUUUUCAUUAGAAUAGCAAAGUACGCAGAAUAUUGCUACAUAACUUUUUUUGUUGCCAAUUCACGAACUGUUGUUCUUAAUAUUCAUUUUUACAAUCAAUAAAUGAAAAUUGUUUCUGAAAUAUUGAAUCGCGUAUGAAUUUUAUAUGAAGUAUUUUGUGUUGUUUUUAUACAUGUAAUUGACAAUAGGUGCCCCUGGUCCAGACAUUACUGCAACUUAUAUCUAGGAUUUUAAAAAGCCUGCAACGUUAUUGUAUAAUCUACCACCCUCUGCUCAUAUUCUAAGCUGAAUACUGCUGAUUACUUCUAGAAAUAGAACUCGCCCUCCCCAUGUCAUGACCUUGAGGUCAGGACGGCUUGUUUUUUUCUGAUAGCUCUGUGUGUUGUAAGUUAAUCUUCAGCUCAUCCAGACCCGGGA